UGAAUGAAAUGCUGUGAGUAUGAAUCCGUGUUUCCCCCCUCGUGCGUGAGCUUCGGGGUCUGCGACGCGGCACGAGGAGCGGUCGGGAGUUGCAGCGGAGGAGAAACGGGGGAAAAAGUGAUGGAAAAGUUGCAGUGAUCUCGCGUCUGGAUCCGGUGGAUGUGGACAGGAGGACAGACGGGACUAACUCGCAAAGUUUCCUAUCUCAAGUGACAGAUUCAGAACUGGACUGAAAUAAUGUGACUGCAAGGACAGAGCCCUUUUGCGUGGACUACAGCAGUAUUUUAUUCACUUUUGACUCAAUUUUGAGUUACAGUGGAUUUGUUAUUUUGUCCUUUUUUUGCACAAAGGAGCUAAACGUUUUGAAUGAGAUCGUUUGACUGCUCUGAGCGCACUGCAGCAACGGGAUGAAUUCAAAGAAAGGAUAGAGCUCCUCUAUUUCCCUGCUCACAUAUUCUAGCAUAGUUUUACCAUCAUUCACUUCAGAUGAACUACUGAAACAGAGCAUGUGGUGAAAUCUGGAGCUGUUUUCUGUUAUUUUCCAUCUUUUGAAGCUUUCUUCUUAUCCAUAAUAAGAAGCCAAGCUCUUGAUAAACUGCUCUUGGACUGUUGUGAUAAUUUGCUUGUAUUUUUGUGAUUCACAAACUAAAAUCUGGGUGUUGCAUUUUUUUAAUCUCUGGAUUCUAAGAUUUUGUUUUGACAUGAAGGAGCAGAUGCCUAGAUUGCUUUUUGAAUAGUUUGGAUUACGCAAGAACAUUUUCUCAAAAGAGAGGCGUUGAAUGAUGUCUCCAACUUCUAUUGGAUUUGUAUUUCUGUUAGGAUUUCUCCAUGUGUGCUCAGGAUCCCGUCUGCGCCAAGAGGAUACCCCUCCCCGGAUUGUGGAGCACCCAUCUGACCUGAUUGUUUCCAAAGGGGAACCCGCCACUCUUAACUGUAAAGCGGAGGGGCGACCAGUUCCGACAGUGGAGUGGUACAAGGAUGGAGAGCGAGUGGAAACAGACAGGGACAAUCCCCGUUCUCAACGCAUGCUGCUACCCAGCGGCUCCCUCUUCUUUCUACGUAUUGUCCACGGACGUCGGAGCAAGCCAGAUGAAGGUUCCUACGUCUGUGUUGCCCGCAACUACCUGGGAGAGGCGGUGAGCCACAACGCCUCGCUGGAAGUAGCCAUUCUACGUGAUGACUUCAGACAAAACCCUGCAGAUGUGAUCGUUGCAGCGGGAGAGCCGGCAGUCCUCGAGUGUCAACCUCCACGAGGACAUCCCGAGCCCACCAUAUCCUGGAAAAAAGAUGGAACAAACAUUGAUGACCGAGAUGAGAGAAUCACUAUACGCGGAGGCAAGUUGAUGAUCACAAAUGCCCGGAAGACGGAUGCUGGGAAGUACGUGUGUGUCGGCACAAACAUGGUCGGAGAACGUGAAAGUGAAAUAGCUGAACUUACAGUGCUUGAGCGUCCAAGCUUUGUGCGUCGCCCAGGCAGUCAGGUGGUGUUAGUGGACCAGAGUGUAGAGUUCAGGUGUGAGGCCCGUGGCGACCCAGUUCCCACCGUGCGCUGGAGGAAAGACGAUGGUGACCUGCCCAAAGGAAGGUAUGAGAUUCGUGAGGACCACACCCUGAAGAUCCGUCGUCUGACCUCAGCUGAUGUCGGCUCCUACACCUGCGUGGUAGAGAACAUGGUGGGCAAGGCGGAGGCGUCAGCCACACUCACCGUCCACGUCGUGUCUGUGCCCCCGGCGUUUGUGGUCAGACCAAGGAACCAGGUGGUUGGGGUUGGCAGAACCGUCACCUUCCAGUGUGAGGCCACUGGAAACCCACAGCCUGCCAUAUUCUGGCAGCGUGAAGGCAGUCAGAACCUGCUCUUCUCCUACCAACCUCCUCAACCCUCCAGCCGGUUUUCUGUGUCUCAGUCUGGGGACCUGACCAUCACUGAUGCUGAGCGCUCAGACAUGGGAUACUACAGCUGCCAGGCCAUCAACACAGCUGGCAGCGUCCUCACCAAGGCUCUGCUUGAGGUCACUGAUGUUGUGUCUGACCGCCCGCCACCAGUUAUCCGACAGGGCCCAACCAAUCAGACGGUGGCUGUGGACGGCACAGUGGUCCUCAACUGUGUGGCAACAGGAAACCCCACCCCCACCAUCCUGUGGAGGAAGGAUGGUGUCUUGGUGUCCACACAUGACUCCAGGGUGAAACAGCUGGACACGGGCUCAUUGCAGAUACGCUAUGCAAAGCUUGGUGACACUGGUACCUACACCUGCAUCGCCUCCACACCCAGUGGAGAGGCCUCAUGGAAAGCCUUCUUAGAGGUCCACGAGUUUGGAGUCCCAGUCCAGCCAAAUAGGCCUACUGACCCAAACCUGAUCCCCAGUGCCCCUUCCAAACCUGAGGUCACUGAUGUUACCCGCACCUCCGUUGCCCUGACCUGGAGACCUAACCCUAAUGCUGGAGCCACACCCACCUCCUAUGUAAUCGAGGCCUUCAGUCAUGCAUCAGGGAGCAGCUGGCAGACCUUGGCAGAGCAUGUGAAAACUGAGUCAUUUGUACUGAAGGGCUUGAAGCCCAGUGCAGUCUACCUCUUCUUAGUACGGGCAGCCAAUGCCUACGGGCUGAGUGAUCCCAGUCCUAUCACUGAUGCUGUGAAAACACAAGAUAUUCCUCCCACCAGUCAGGGUGUGGACCAUCGUCAGAUCCAAAGGGAGUUGGGAGAGGUGGUCAUCCACCUGCACAACCCCACCAUCCUCUCCUCCUCGUCUGUCAGGGUGCAGUGGACAGUGGAGCAGCAGUCGCAGUACAUCCAGGGCUACAAGGUGAUGUAUAGACCUUCACCAGAGGGCCUGCAGAGGAGCGAGUGGGCUGUGUUUGAGGUGCGCACCCCCGGGGAGGACAGCGCCGUUGUGCCGCAGCUACGGAAGGGAGUCACAUAUGAAUUCAAAGUCCGCCCCUUCUUCAAUGAAUUCCAGGGAACAGACAGCGAUGUCAAAAUUGGCAAGACGCUGGAGGAAGCCCCUAGUGCCCCUCCUCGUGAGGUUACAGUGACGGAAAGUGGGGACAAUGGGACCGCCAUCCUGGUCUCCUGGCAACCCCCUCCAGAAGAGGAGCAGAAUGGGGUGGUCCAGGAAUACAAGAUUUGGUGCUUGGGGAAUGAGAGCAGGUACCACAUCAACCGUACAGUUGACGGCUCAACCUUAUCCGUGCUGAUUCCCAGUCUGGCCCCAGGGAUCCGCUACAGCGUGGAGGUAGCAGCCAGUACCGGGGCGGGUCCCGGGGUCAAGAGCGAUAUCACCUCCUUCCAGCUUGAUGCAUCAGGGCGAAUGACAGACACCGUGGUCCAGGAGAACCCUCUGUCCCAACAGAUAUCUGAUGUCGUUAAGCAGCCGGCCUUUAUAGCAGGCAUAGGAGCUGCUUGCUGGAUCAUCCUCAUGGUCUUCAGCAUUUGGUUGUACAGACACCGAAAGAAGAGGAACGGCCUCUCCAGCAGCUACGCGGGCAUACGAAAGGUGCCAUCCUUUACUUUCACACCAACAGUGGCAUAUCAGAGAGGAGGAGAAGGUGUGAGCAGUGCUGGAAGGCCUGGUUUGCUAAACAUUGGGGAAUCUGCCACUCAGCCCUGGCUGGCAGACACAUGGCCCAACUCCUGCUCCAACCACAACGACUGCAGCAUCAACUGCUGCACUGCAGGCAAUGGCAACAGCGACAGCAACUUGGCAACAUACAGCCGCCCAGCCGACUGCAUCGCCAAUUAUAACAACCAGAUGGAAAACAAGCAGACCAACCUCAUGGUGCCAGAGUCUGGAGUCUAUGGAGAUGUAGACUUGUCCAACAAGAUCAAUGAGAUGAAGACCUUCAACAGCCCUAACCUAAAAGAUGGCCGCUUUGUGGGUCCAGGGGGCCAGCCGACUCCGUACGCCACCACCCAGCUCAUCCAGUCCUCCAUCAUGGGCAACAACGUUAACUCAGACAGGGGAACCGGAGGGAGCGGAGGAGGACUCCUGGGAGGAGGGGAGAUGAAUGAAAAACACUGCUGGAAGCCCACCUCGAUGCAGCAGCAGAAACAGGAAAUGGGCUCCCAGCUGCAGUACAACAUCAUGGAGCAAAACAAGCUGAACAAGGACCGCUACAGAGGAGGUGACAGCCCAAUGCCAGCCACCAUCCCCUACAACCAGACCCAUGACAGCCAUACUGGAGGCUCCUACAACAGCUCCGACCGAGGCAGCAGCAGUACCUCAGGGAGUCAGGGUCAGAAGAAGGGAGUGCGCACCCCCAAACUACCCAAACAGAGCACAAUGAAUUGGGCUGACCUUCUGCCCCCUCCCCCUGCAAACCCACCCCCAAGUCGGAGCACAGAGGAGUACUCUCUAUCGAUGGAAGAAAGCUGUGAACCAGACAUGCAGUGCCCCAUGCCCCCCUCUCACAUGUACCUGCAGCCUGAUGAGCUGGAGGAGGAAGAGGAGAUGGAGAGGGGCCCCACUCCUCCCAUCCGAGGGGCGGCCUCUUCCCCUGCAGCUGUGUCUUACAGUCACCAGUCCACAGCCACUCUCACCCCUUCACCUCAGGAGGAGAUGCAGCCGAUGCUUCAGGACGCUCCCGACAGCCAUGAACGCAGGCGCCAUGCUGUGAGCCCCCCACCCCCUCCAAGGCCCCUCUCUCCUUCACACACAUAUGGGUACAUCAGCAGCCCGUUGGCCUUGGACACUGAUGGUAUGGAGGAGGAGGAUAUAUUGGAGGAAGAGGAGGAGGAAGGUGACGAGACAGAUGCAGAGGUGGCCAAGAUGCACUACCACCACACUCACCCCCACACACACCCCCACCAUCCCCAGAUGCAUCCGCGUAGGUUGCUGCUACGAGGGCUUGAACAGACACCCGCAUCCAGCAUGGGUGACCUGGAGAGCUCGGUGACCGGCUCCAUGAUCAACGGAUGGGGGUCGGCUUCUGAAGAGGAUAAUGUCUCUUCAGGGAGGUCCAGUGCCGUCAGCUCAUCAGAUGGAUCCUUCUUCACUGAUGCUGACUUUGCUCAAGCGGUUGCCGCGGCUGCAGAGUAUUCAGGCCUCAGGGUGGCCAAAUAUCCCAACACACUGGGCCAGGAAGUUGGAGGAGCCUCAGCACGAAAAUACCAAAUAAACCCUCCAGGCCACCGUCCUGGCAGCCCGGUGUCUACAGACAGUAACAUGAGCAUGGCAGCUGUACACAGGAGGCCUCCGAAAAAGCAGAAACAGCAUCCUGCAGGUCAUCCAGGGAACCAGCGACGUGAAGCCUACAAUGAAGAUCUGCCACCUCCCCCCAUCCCACCUCCAGCAGUGCUCAAGUCACCUACACACCCCUCUAAGGCAGGCUUGGAGGGCCGGGGAGUGAUUUCCCCCAAAGCAGGUGAGGCGGGUCGAGACAAGAGAGGAGGAACGGGAGGGUAUCGGCCCAGAGAGGGCUCGGACACCAGAACCAGCUCAUCUGAACGCAAAGACGCUCAGGAGAGACAAAAGACUGCUCAUGGAGGGAAAGGGAAUAAACAUGAGGGUAGCACAGCCAGCAAGGCACGCCAACACGCAGGCUCAGAGGACAUUCUGCCCUACAGCCGACCACAGUUCCCCACAGUCAACAGCCCCAGAGACCCAAGCUCCUCCAGCUCCAUGUCCUCCAGGGGCUCAGGGGGCCGACGGAGAGGAGAAGGAGGCCGCAGGAACCCUGCAGACAUGGGCCUCAACACCACGGGGGCCUUCCAACCAGGAGAUGAAGAGCUAGAGGCACGUCUGGGGCUCGGAAUCAGAUCGGGUGGACACACACCGAGACAGUACCCCCAACGCUGAGUCUCCCUCUACCCAACAAUAAGGACAUCCUGCCAGACCAGCCUGACUGAUGAUGUCCCUCUGCCACCUUCACCCCACCUUUCCACUCACAUCC